UACCUGAACAUAACGGUAAUCUCACACAUAAAACUAAUUAAAACUUGUUCUAUGAAUUGUUCAGGACUGUCAAACGCAACUGUUUUUGUAUUUACCAACACAUAUUAUAAAAUAACAAGUCUGCAAAAACCAAACAGAAGGCUAGAUGCCAAAAACUGGCUCCUGUCGCAUAGCGCAUAGUAAAAUGUCAAAUGUCAACUGUCAAAAGUUCAACAAGUUUAUUGUUUGUUUGUUUUGUGUAAUUAUGGUAAUAAAGUGGUGUUUUUGGGUGCAUUUAAGCAAUUUUAAAGGUGUUCUGGGAGGCGAUCUGCAACUAUGAUACCAACGUAAACAAUAUCGCUUUGAUCGUCAGCGAUGUAAUUAACAAUUAAUCGAGUGUGCCAAGCAGUUAAACUUGAAAAAAAUUGUAUUCAACAUGUUUACGUUGGCAACGCAGUUUCUUUCGUUUGUUUUUUUAUGCGGACGAAUGGACGAAGCCGUUUCAGAAUAUGUGGUAUUUAAAAACAGCAAAGUGUGCACUGAUGGGUACUUCCAAUGCGCAAACGACACAUUGUGCGUGGAACAGGGGAAAAUCUGCAAUAGCGUGGAAGAUUGCAAAGACGGUAGCGACGAAAGAAACUGCGAGGACGUUCACGAUAACAACUAUUUCGACCAAAUGGUCAGGAAGAAUCCUUCGGCAGAACAUGACGAUGACGACCAGAAUUGCGCACUUUCCUUUAAUGGAACGGGCUGUCUGUGCCGGAGCAGAGGUCUUUAUUGCCGGAACUUAAAUCUGGAUGUUGCUCCUGAUAUCCCCGACGAGGAAAUUGACAUUCUCGAUUUUACAGGAAAUAAUUUCACGAGUUUGUCUUCGAGAACACUGGAGACGCUGCCUAAUACGGUGAAAAAAUUAAUUUUAAAGCACUGCAAUAUAAAGGAAGUGCUCUCUGGAACGUUCUACAAAACAUACACACUUAGCCAAAUAUAUCUGGAUAACAAUCAGCUCAAGGUGUUUCCGUCAGAUCUAUUCAACCCCGAAAAUGCCUUAAGGGAUCUAAUUGUCAGUUACAAUGAAAUUGAAAUCAUUGAAGAGAAUGCGUUCGUAAACUUGAAGUAUCUGAUAGAGUUGGAUUUGAGGGGAAAUAAAAUCACCGACAUUAACCUUAGAGCAUUCGAGCCACUGAAGAGCCUCAGCACGCUGUAUCUGCAAAACAAUCUCAUCAAGUAUGUGCUGUCAGGCAGCUUCCCCAGAAUGAGCUUUUUAACUACGCUAUGGCUCACGGAAAACAGAAUCAAGUUGAUUGAGGCAGAGGCGUUUGAGAAUUUGGAUUAUUUGAUGUCUUUGCACCUUUCCGACAACAGGCUUACCGAGCUGCGAAACGGAACUUUCCUUAAUCUCGACAAACUUCAGUCCUUGAGUUUGAACGAUAAUUUUAUAAAGUCCAUGGAACUGGGCGUCUUUACUGACGUCCCAAAUUUGACUUCGCUGAAAUUGGAAAAUAAUAAGUUUAGAAUUUUGGACAAGAAACUGCUUCAGCCGCUAAACAAACUGGAAAACAUAUAUUUCGACAGCUUUGAAAUGUGUACUGCAGCUACGCAUGUCAGAAAUUGUUUUCCCAAAGGAGAUGGCAUAUCUAGUCAAGACCAUCUUCUGGACAACAUAAUUUUAAGAUCUUGUGUUUGGAUCAUGGGAGCCAUUGGAUGCACCGGCAAUUUGAUCGUGUUGCUCGGCCGCCUACUGGGCCCUUCGAACAACAUAGUCCAUUCUUUGUACUUGAGAAACCUGGCCUUCUCGGAUCUGCUGAUGGGCGUCUACUUGUUCACCAUAGCCUCCGUGGACCAGGAGUACAGGGGACACUACUUGAGGCACCAGUACAAAUGGAGGCACAGCUUUCUUUGCAAUAUUUGUGGAUUUCUCAGCACGCUGUCCUGCGAAUCCUCCGUGCUGAUCCUCAGUUUGGUGACGUGGGACCGGUUCAUUUCCGUCACUCAGCCGCUGGCUCGCAAGCAGCCGUCCCCGCGCACCGCCGCCCUAACCCUGCUGGUGCUCUGGAUGGCCGCCGCUUUGGUGGCUCUGGCCCCUUUGAGCAACUUUGCCAGCUCGUAUUUCGGAGACGAGUUCUACGGCAGCAACGGCGUCUGUCUGUCCCUCCAUAUACACGAGCCCUAUGCUAUGGGUUGGGAAUACUCAGCCACAAUGUUCAUACUGGUGAACGCUUUUGCUUUGGUUUUUAUUUCUUACGCUUACGUAAGAAUGAUAAACGAAAUAAAAGCCAGUGGCGUAGCCUGCAGAUCUACAAGGCAGAGCGAAGAGCGGGACAAGGUAGCCCAAAGAUUCGGCAUAAUAGUUUUGACGGACAGUCUCUGCUGGGUGCCCAUCAUUAUCGUCAAGUUGGUAGCACUUUUUGGAGUAGCAAUUCCGCCUGAUUUAUACGCGUGGUUGGCCAUUUUCGUUUUGCCGAUAAAUUCGGCCCUUAAUCCCAUCCUAUAUACUCUUACAACUACUGUGUUUAAAAAACAGGUUCGUAAAUUGGCCAAUAAAUGCAUUUCCAAACGAAAAAGGCCUGAACAUGUCCAUUCAGCAUCUGAAUCGGGCUUUAGUUUAAGUUUCGGAGUUUUCCCACUCGGAGGAAGCUCCAGAAGAAUACUAAGUCAUAGGGGCACCCAAAGUAGUAUUACAGCUAGUAAAAAUAGUUGGAAACGGUCCACAGCUGUUUGAUACAAUUAAUUUAUCUAGUGUAAAUAUAAAAAUUAGGAAAUUUUAUACCAAAAAUUAAAUCAAGUCUUAAAUUAUUAACCUUUUUGUAACUUAGUCAAUGUAAGAAAAUGGGGACAUACGUUUUUUCUUGUACAAAAUAUCGAAAUAAGUGUUAAGAUAUAUCUAGUUUUGUAUGAUCUGUAAUUUGUAUAGGUAUAAUUAGGAUAAUCUAUGUCUUAUUGUUGUUAAAAUAUCCAGAAUUUGUAAUACUGUAAUAACUAUAAUAAAUAAAUUAUGACUGAACCAAAACUUCGUUUUAUUCAUCAAUAUUAAACCCAUAAUAAAUACCUGUUGGACUUUGCUGUUUGAUAUUAGA